AUGCCCCCACAACUAUUGCCGGCUUCCGCCGCCGCCUUUGCGCCCCGAGCCUCAUCAGUCAACGUCGUCUUGGGCUCCAAGGUUGAACCGUGGUUGACGCAGACCCUCAAGCGCAUCAACAGGGUCAAGCGACCGCUCAACAGCGUACAGCAGCACCAGAGAUGCUUGACCGAGACACUGUCGUCGUCGAACGCUAUCUGGACACUGACUUCCAUGAUGUUGCCCAAGGCCCCGGAGUCCGACUUGCGCAGGGAUGCGAAUCCGUUAAUGGAGGCCAUCUUCAACUGGCAGCUCCUCCACAUCGAGGCAUAUAUCGUCCAUGUUGAUAUGGUCCUGCGCAACGAGGUCGCUUACAAGUUGACGCCCGACUCGAUAGAAACCCUCAUCGAGUACCACAAGGAUAUCUACUGUGUCGACGCCAAGGCCGACUCCUAUGAUUGGCCCGAAAAGGAGCAACAUGCAAAGAAACUCCACGAGGACUUCAUUCAGGCAAUCAACAGGUUCGUCUACCGGACGCAUGUUUCCGCACUCGAAGGACUAGAAGAGGAGGGUGCAGGAGAGUUGCUCUGUGGAAAGAGUGAAGAGGUCAAGAACAACAUCAUGGGACUGCUGAACAAGCCCCUCCUACCGCCGCCGCCCAAGAUCGUCGAUGUCAUCCGCCAGCCGCCUUUGUUGCCCAGCUCACCAGCAGGUGCGGGCAUCUGGUCGCAUUCAACACCUUCACCAGCGCUGCCUGCGCCGGUCGAUUCAUGGCGUGUGCUGCCCUCGAGCCCUGCGACUUCGGCUGACUCGGGCACACCCAUCUGGGCUAGCAUGGCUCUGCAUGAGCUACCCUCACCGACUCCGUCUUACAGCCAACCAUACUCAACUGCCGGGUUCUUCUACAGCUCCCCGAUGGUGGCCUCUCCCAUUCCGGCACUACCGCUACCCAGCAUGCUGGCGCCUCAUUGCGGUAUCAACGUUGGGUACGGUGGUUUCGGAUGGGAUAGGUAUCAGGAGUAUGCGACAACCAUGUGA